CUCCAGUCCACCGUCACGCGAUUGCUCUCGAUCGUCCUCACCAAUUCACCGACCUCCAACUUGAGCCCAUCCAUCAGCCGUCAUGUCUGAGCUGCGCUACACCGCCAACACGUCGCUCGAGCAGCUGCACUCGCGCUACGUUGGAACAGGACAUGCGGACAUGACCAAGUACGAGUGGCUUACCCACCAGCACCGCGACACGCUGUCGUCCAUUGUCGGCCACCCGCCGCUUCUGGCCUACCUCUCCAUUGCGGACGGCGAGUGCCAAGCGCGCGAGCGGUACGAGGUGAUUGAGCGCAUGCUGCAGCCCUGCGGCGUGCCCCCCGGAAAGACGGACGACUAGAGGCGCUAGACCGGCUUUGUAUCAAUACGCCACGGCGGCAUGUAUAGUAUGGGUCUCGCGGGGGAUCAGGCGCGGUGUAGUGCGCGCAGCGCAGUGCGCCUGGGAGGUGGGAUCGGCGCGGCAG